ACAAGACAACACACAGAGCCAACCAACCAUGAACUCGGAGCAGUUUUGCGAAAAUGGACGUAAAAUGGUGGACUACAUAAGUACCUAUCUGGAGAAGAUCAGAGACCGCCAUGUCGUACACAACGUAACCCCUGGUUACAUGAGGCCGCUUCUGCCCACCGAGGCCCCACAGGAUCCCGAGGACUUCGCUGAGGUCUUUAAGGAUAUAGACAAAAUUAUUAUGCCAGGAGUCACCCACUGGCACAGUCCUCGUUUCCAUGGUUACUUCGCUGCGGGGAACUCCUAUCCUUCCAUACUUGGUGACAUGUUGUCAGACGCCAUUGGCUGUAUAGGCUUUUCAUGGGCCACUAGUCCAGCCUGUACCGAGUUAGAGGUGAUCACUACUGACUGGCUUGGUAAGAUGCUGGGACUGCCGGAGGAGUUUCUUCACCGCUCACCUGGCCGUGGAGGGGGAGUCAUUCAGUCGACUGCUAGUGAAACAGUACUGUUGUGUUUGCUGGCAGCCAGGACCCGAACGCUUGAUAAAUACCAGCAGACACACAAGCAUAUGGAUGAGAUGGAGGUCAUGGCAAAGCUAGUGGGAUACACCUCAGACCAGUCCAACUCGUCUGUUGGACGAUCUGGCCUCUUGGGCGCCGUGCGCAUGCGCAAAUUAGAUACAGACGACAAAUUCAGCCUACGCGGGGAAACCCUGAGGAAAGCAAUAGAGGAGGAUAAAGCCAGCGGCCUCAUACCGUUCUUUUUGUGUGCCUCCCUAGGAACGACGGGUACAUGUGCCUUUGAUAAUUUAGAGGAACUUGGUCCUAUAUGUAAACAAGAAGACAUGUGGUUACAUAUAGAUGCGGCGUAUGCCGGGAGUGCUUUCGUCUGUCCGGAAUUUCGCCAUUUGAUGAAGGGAGUUGAAUACGCCGAUACGUUUAGUAUCAAUCCUCACAAAUGGAUGUUGAUAAAUUUCGACUUAUCUGUGAUGUGGAUAAAGGACAGUUCUCUACUAGUAGAUGCUUUCAAUGUGGACCCAGUAUACCUCCGACACGAAAACGCAGGCAAAGGAGCGCCGGACUACAGGCAUUGGCAGAUUCCUCUCGGACGUCGGUUCCGCUCCCUUAAGUUGUGGUUCAUGUUGCGGUCCUACGGGGUGACCGGAGUCCAAGCCUACAUUCGCAAGCACGUUAGUCUGGCCAAAGAGUUUGAGCAGAUGGUACUAAAUGACAGCCGGUUUGAGGUGGUGGCUGAUGUUAUAAUGGGACUCGUCUGCUUCAGACUAAAAGGUAACAACACUACGACAGAACGUUUACUGGAGGAGAUCCUACAGGACGGUCGUAUCUACCUCAUACCAGCCAUCGUUCACAACAUCUACACCCUUAGACUGGCUAUCUGUGCCGAGCGUACCAAUUCGGACGACAUCGCAUUCUCUUUCUCGGUCAUCCAAUCCUGCUCUGAUCGUGUGCUCAAAAGGUUCCCGCCAACAGACGACCUCAGGAAAGCUGUCAUAGAUGUUAGCGAUUCGCAGUGUUCGAUCGAAACCAAUGGCAAAUAUUCGAACGGCGAUUCUCCCAAGAUUCCUUAUCAUUGAACCAAUGGCGAUACGGGAAUUCGAAAAGCUUAUUUCUACGAAUUAAAAUUAACCGAUAUUCAAAAAGAAAUAGUCAUCAUUAAUAUUAUAUUUCGAUACUUCUACAGAAAAAAACUGAUACAUCGUCCAACAAUGAAGUAUCGGCCCAUUUUUUUUUUAUUUAAGCCAAAUUCAAAAUACGUUUUCCGUUCAUAAUAUCACAAUCAGUGAUUAUUAUUUUUGUUCUUUUCACAACAUAAAUACCUCCUAUCUUAUCAGAGUUUUGAUGUCACGAUUGUAAAUAUUAAAGCAUUCUUGACGACGUCACAAUGUAAGUAUGUAAAAACUUAAGAUGAAACUGAAAUAUAUAUAUGAUUCACAAGAAGACUUAUUCUCAAGACCUUUCGCUGUGACACAACUCCCAGUCAAGGAGUUAUAUCUUUCGCUGUGACACAACUCUCAGUCAAGGAGUUAUAUGUUUCGCUGUGACACAACUCUCAGUCAAGGAGUUGUAUCUUUCGCUGUGACACAACUCUCAGUCAAGGAGUUAUAUCUUUCGCUGUGACACAACUUUUCGAGAGGAGGGUCUACUACUGUUACGCAGCUCCACAUUUCUCCUGAAGAGCUGUGUGACGGCAAAAAGCCUUGAGAAUCAGUCUUCUUGUGUUUUUUUUAUUUUUAAUUUUCUCAUCAUUUUCCUGUCAAACGGACUUCAAUCAAAUUUUUGUAUCAUAUAUAUGUAUUUGAUGAAUACGCCUUAUCCUGUCAUGUAUGUAUGCUUCUGGAUGGAUGUAUACAUGUAUAAAUAAAUACCUCUUAUCCUGUAUUCUGUUUUAGUUUUGCUUAAAUAUAUAUAUAAUUUACUGUCAAAAUACAGCAAACGGCUAUAUCACAAAUUGCAAGUGGCCAAUUAAUUCUAGUCUACAUUUGUGUAUGUUUGUAUAUUUAUUAAAAUUGAAAUCGAAUACCUCUUACCUUUUUCUGUUAAUAUAUAUAUACAAAGUCCUUGUGAUUGUUAUAUAUAAAAUAAAUGACGAGAGAUUUUCUUGAUACUUACCUAGUUUCACUUCUUCAUCUGAUUAACCUCUAAUGAGGCGAAGAUACUAAGAAACGCUUCUGUCAUUUGUUUUAUGUAUAUGUAUUUUUCAAUUGAAAACCUCUUAUCUAGUUUUACCGCUUUAAGACGACCUACGAACUAGGUUGUGAUAAAGCGGUAUAUAAGAACCUCGAAUUAUUAUUAUUAUUUACAUGUGUUUGUGAAUGAAUUUACAUGUAUAUUUGUUUUAAUUGAAACAUUCAUCUUCUUUACUAAGCGUUUGUGUAUGCAAUAUAUAUUUUUAUUGAAGUUGAAUACGCCCUAUGUUCGUGUACGUAUACAUAUCUAUCUACCUCUUGUAAUCAGCCAGGUUAUGCUUCCACAGAAAAUUACAGUGGUGUAAUAUUUGCACUAAAUUAAGCACUGAUAAGAAAUGUUUAUUAUCAUUAUACCAAUCAAUGCGUGUAAGAUUAACACUCUCAUGCUGUGCAAACUGUACUAUAGGACCAGUGGUUAAAAGUAAUUUUCGAAAAAUUGUUUAUUAAAGUCCGUUUUUGUUGCAUGUAUAUAUAUUAAAUAAAAUUGAAUCCUUUUAUUUUUUUCAAUUUGAUUGUGUAUGUAAAUAUAUUUGUUAAGAUUAAAUUUGUCAUCUCUUGUUUUCUGUGUGUUCAUGUAUUAUAACUAUCUAUCAACCUGUUAACACCUCUGAUCUUCUCUGCGUAUGUUUAUGCAAUGCGUGUUGUAUCUCGUAUCACGAUUCUGAAGACCAUAUUAUCAGGUAUUUGAUAAUGCGUCAUCUCCGUCCUGUUGUGAUGUCUUAUCUCAGCAAGUGAUAUAAUCUAUUCCUGACACGGUAUGUAACGUACGGGGACUAACGCACCAACUGGUGGUGUGAUGUCUUAUCUCAGCAAGUGAUAUACUCUAUUCCUGACACGGUAUGUAACGUAACAGGGACUAACGCACCAACUGGUGGUGUGAUGUCCCAUUAUUACUAUAAAUCAAGUA